AUAAAAUCAUGAUCUUUGUUGGUGGGCUUCCUUUUUCUACUGAUUCAUCUUCAUUUUCAUCUCAGGUACCCACUUCCGUAACUUCUUGUAUUCUCUUUGAUCAUCACAAUUUUAAUUUCUCAAACUUCAUCUUUCAUGAACAGGGGAUCGAAAUCCUUGUUACUUUAAUGAAAAACCCCAUUCUGGAGUCUGCCGCACGCUCUUUCAGUUCUAUUGAGGAGACUAAAGUCUCAUGUUCAGAGACAUCCGCACCUAACAAAUACGUUUAUCUUUUCCAGGGAGAAUAUGCUACUGUUGACCCUUCCCUUGUUCAUUAUGUUGGCACAGAUGAAGCAACAACUUGUGUGGGGCUUGUCAUUAGCAACCGGGUAACUAGAAUGACCUCUGUUGCUCAUUUCGAUUCUCCUGCAAUUGUGGAUAUUGGACUCACCCAGAUGUUAUCACUAGUUGUUGAUGGAAACCCUUCUGCUGCUUUGGAUGUGCAUCUGAUUGGUGGUUUUGAUGAUGUUUCUCCCAGUCAUGCCAAUGUUAUCUCUACAUCAGAAAGCUACACCGAAUUGGCUGGCUAUUCCACUCCAUUGUGUGUCAAACUGGUUGAAACCAUGCAGAAGAGAAAUGAAAAGUUUCAUAUCCAAACGCUCUUUGUUCUAGGGCAUAACACCAAGAGAGAUUCUCAAGGAAAUGCAUACCCUAUUUUCCACGGAUUUCUGGUAGAAACUUCGACAGGAUCUCUUAUCCCGGCUAGUUUUGAUAGAACUUCAAGAUGUCCUGAUGAAAUUGUCAGGAGAAUAAGGGUAACUUCGUCUUAUGAGGACACCAGUUGGAAUGGCAAGCUGCUGGAGACAUAUGACACUCAAACUGAUAGAUUUGUGAUAGCCCCAUGCUGCUGGACCUCACGUCAAUUACGUAAUAUAAUGAUGUUGCAAAAUCCUUCUGAUGCUGAAGUCCUCCGUUUGCGUUCAACUUCACCUUAUGCUGAGGGCCCUGAUUUUGUGGAAACACUAAGAAGGACGUGGAACUAUUUUGCGAAACACCCAGAUUGGAGAGAAUCCUUUCCAAUGAAGCAGCCACGCAUUUUCGAGAGGACUGCAGAUGGAGACUGGAAAAGAUGUUGAGAGGGGCUUGACUUUUUGAUAAACCAUAUCACUAUUUUCAAAGGGAAAAUAUGUAUGAUUAUUGUUACAAGUAUUUCUCCGUUACUGGGUUUACCCUUGUGAUCAAAGUGUUGGCUUGAUUUGAUUUUGAACUUUGUUUGCUUGGAAAUAAUAGGAUAACCUAACCUGUAUAGACAGACAUACAUGAUUAACUUGUCUACAAAACUAGCAACAUGUGAUUGGAU